CUCACCUAAUCAAAUAAAAUCAAAUCUCUAUCUCUCUAGUCUCAGGAAAAUAUGGAGAAAAAUUCUUGGGCGGAUCAAUGGGACAACAGCAAUCAAGCUUCUGGAAAAACGACAGAUGACGGUAAAAGCAGCGGUGGCGCGUCGGGAAAAUACAAAGAGAAGGUGGAGGCUGGAUUGGGGAAGACGAAAGCGGUGGCGAGUUCCGGGUUGAAGAAAGUCAAGAUAGGAACCUCGUUGGGUCUCAAUUGGGUCAAAGACAAGUAUAACAAAACCACCACCAAGAAGAACUGAUAUUCAUCUCCUUUUGUUACAUUAUUAUUACUUUGGAUUCGUGUGAUCUUUUUAUGAUUAAUGGUGUGAAUUGUUUGAUUUUGUGAAGAUUGAAGUAUAUUUGAAAACCUUAUUUAUUUACACAAAAUCAUAUACUCCAUUGGUGUAGUUG